GAAGCAGAAUGUUUUAUGCCAAGAUCAGCGCCAGAUGGUGCUCCUCUAGAAGCUUAUUUGUAUAACAAUGAGUAUGAAGGCUUACCCCUCACCCCUGAAAUAUGGGAAGAAAUUGAAAUACCAAGUUGUCAUGAUAUUCGUUUUGUUCUUCACGGAUAUCAUCAAACCAGAUUGGACGUGAUGUCUAUAAUAAAAGCGUAUCAAGGUCGUGAAAACACUUCAGCCAUUGUCCUAGACUGGGAGCCUACAGCCUCUUUAAACUAUAACCAGGCAAAAUCUACGCUCUACAACGUAGCAAUUUCUUUGCGGUCACUGUUAACUAUAACUUCCGAAUAUACAGGAAAGAAACUCUCGGAUUUUCAUAUAGUCGCAUUUGGUCUAGGGGCACAGUUGGCGGCUACUCUUGGCAGAAUGGUAGACGGUGAAAUCGGGAUGAUUAUAGGUCUAGAUCCAACGAUAUCAGGUUGGAAUGAAGAUAAAAAGGAGGACAGGGAAAAUAUGUUGAACAAAGAUUGUGCUAAAUUUGUACGAAUCAUCCAUACAGAUGGUGAGCGAUACGGCGUUAGGUAUCCGAUGGGACAUGCGGAUUUCUACAUGAAUGGCGGAUUUUAUCAGCCAGGUUGCAAAGAAGAUGAUGAAUUAUGUGCGCAUUUGAGAGCCAUAGAUUACAUGGCCGAAGCCAUUGAAAAGAACCGAAUGCACAUUGGUUUUCGGUGCGCAAGCUGGUACGACUUGCGGUAUAACGGAGAAUGCAGGAUAGUGCCAAACAGGCAUUCGAUGUAUGUCUCGAACGAAGCUGCAAGGUGUCCAGAGGAAUACGAAGAAGGGAUAUUUUAUGCUGCCACCAACGCAAGGCCACCUUAUUCUUUGUUUCCGCCACAUUACAUAUACGUCGCCAAUGAUGUCGUUCACGUUUCUCAUACCACAGGAGUAUAUGGAUCCGACUGGCCAAUUCCUGUUCAUUGUAACAGCAAAGAAACACCUGGAGAUAACAGCAUUUUAAAAAAGUCACAAAAUGCUAAUUGUAAUGGCUAAGGUUUGGUGAAAAAGUAUCAAUGAGGUUAAAAAAUUUUGAAUGACGAUCAAAAUGUUCGUUGUACAGCAUAGUUUACUCUGCCGAAAAUAUCUUCUUGUUAAAAUAUGAAAAUUUGCAUUGUGUGAU